AGUAAUAGUUGUAUUUUGGAAGAAACAAUGGUUGUCGUGAAAGUAAAUGUUUGUUGUGGACAUUAAACAGGAACAGGCUACAGUUACCCUCGAUAACAAGCGAGUUCACUCAAGUUCAUUUGCAGUGUGGCUAUAUAAGUUCAUAUGCAGAGGAGCUAAGAGUCGCCCUGCCAUUACAAGGAAGCACACUGCUCUAACAGGACUAUUGUACAGACUGAACUGUGCACUGCGAGAAUAGACAUGCUUUUCAAUUCAAUGCUGAGAUCUGCGUUAUUUUUAUGCAAGCAGGAGUACGGAGGAAUAAAAUGCCUGACAUCGGUAUUCUGCACUCGGACGACCAGCACAUUAAUAACUGGUGGUGAUAAACAACAAACCAUGGACGACUUGGAUGGUCCUAGCUUCCUGACAUCAUUAUACUGGCUCUUUGGGAAAGGUUAUUUUCAAACGACACAUCAAAUGCAGAUAGAGCACAGCAAAAUCUACGGCCCCCUUUGGAAGUCCAAAUAUGGACCACUGGUUGUUGUUAAUGUGGCCAAUGCAGACCUCAUAGAACAGGUUCUACGGCAAGAGGGUCGCCAUCCCAUCCGUACUGACAUGCCCCACUGGAGAGGCUACCGAAAACUCCGGAAUCAUGCUUAUGGACCCCUCACAGAAAUGGGAGCGGAGUGGCAGCGCAUUAGAAGCAUCCUGAAUCCUCGCAUGCUAAAGCCCAAACAUGUGUCCUCGUACACCAGUGCCAUUAAUGGUGUGGUGAGUGACUUUAUCGAGAAGGUGGCAAAGCUUAGGACAACAAAAGGCAACGACCUUAUGGUGUAUGAUGUGGCAGGAGAACUCUACAAGUUUGCCUUUGAAGGAAUAUGCUCAGUGUUGUUUGAAACUCGUAUGGGGUGUCUGAAUGAAGUGGUUCCUGAAGAAACACAGAAGUUUAUCUUCUCUGUUGGGGAAAUGUUUCGUCUUUCUCCCAUCGUGAUCCUGUUCCCUAAAUCUCUCUGGCCCUACAUGCCUUUUUGGAAGCAUUUUGUGGCUGUUUGGGACCAUUUGUUCAAAGUUGCGGACGAACUAGUGCAGAAGAAGAUGGCAGAGAUUCAGGAAAGGGUGAAACAUGGGCAGCCAGUGGAGGGCGAGUAUCUCACACACCUCCUGACCAGUGAACAGAUGUCCUUCACUGAGGUUUUAGGAAGCAUUACUGAGCUUCUGCUGGCAGGAGUCGACACUACAUCAAACACUAUUUCCUGGGUGCUUUAUCACUUGGCACGAGAGCCAGAGAUCCAGCAGAAGCUGUAUGAGGAGAUUACCAGUGUCUGCCCGGGUGACAAAGUGCCCUGCAGUGAAGACAUUAACAGGAUGCCAUUACUAAAGGCCAUCAUUAGAGAGACUCUUCGUUUAUAUCCGGUGGUUCCUGGGAAUGCUCGUGUCGUUGCUGAAAGAGAAAUAGUGGUGGGUGGCCACCUCUUCCCUAAAAAUACUCUUUUCCACCUCUGCCACUUUGCAGUGUCCUACGAUGAGAAGGUGUUUCCCAAUCCAUCUGCCUUCCUCCCUCAGCGCUGGAUCCGGGGGGAGAAGCAGUUAAACCAGCAUCCCUUCGGGUCUGUGCCGUUUGGCUUUGGCAUCCGCGCCUGCCUGGGCCGCAGAGUGGCUGAACUAGAGAUGUACCUCCUCUUGUCCCGCUUAAUUAAACAUUAUGAAGUGCAUCCAGACCCUUCAGGAAGGACUGUGAAGCCGAUCACACGAACUCUGCUGGUCCCGGCCACAUCCAUUGACCUGCAGUUUAUUGACAGGCAAAAGGAGCAAGAGGAGCCCGUCAAAGCAAAUGCUUCUGUAUAAAUAACUGUGCACUUUUCAAAGCAGUUUGCUUUUAGAUGAUGUCUACUUGACUGUUGCCUUUUUAAAGGCAUUUUUAUUUAAAAUAAC